UCUCCAAAACAAACUUGUCGAGCUACAGUUCUGCUUAGACUGGUGAGUGAGACGGAUGUGAGCGUUGCAUCGGUUCGUCGACGUCGCCUUUAAAGCGAAAAGUUUCGGAAAAGUUCUCCUUCCCCACCCCGUAGCAGAAGUGGACUCAGUGAAUUAGUGUCGGUCUCGUUGAACAAGAACCAUAUUCGUUGUCCUCAUGUGUGCCCCAAUUGUGCUCAAUUUUCUCUUAUUAUUGUGACUAAGAUUGUAAAUUCUCAAGAUGAGAAUCUCCUCCAUACCCGGCACCAUGAUCCUCCUCCUUUCCCUGACCGCGUUAAUCUUGAGCAGCCAUGUCGUCUCCGGCGAAGGCCUAGGCGUCUUUGAGCUUCGGCUGAAGAAUUAUGUGAACUCCAUGCAAAAGAACGCGGAUGGCCAGUGUUGUGAAGGCUUUGAAACGGCUAGUGGCCUCUGUACAGGCUUGUGUGUGACUCGAUUUCGAGUGUGUCUGAAACAUUAUCAAGCUCGCAUCGACUUGAGCAGUUCUUCAGUGUGCACAUUUGGUGAGAGUCUCACACCAGUGCUAUCUAACAACAUUGCCAACCUUGAUGUGAUCUCAUUUCCUCUGGACUUCAAAUGGCCGGGCACCUUCAGUCUCAUCAUCGAAGCUUUGCACGAAAGCAAUCUUACCCAAGGCGGCCGAAGCCUCAUCAGUCAAGUCGCUGUUCAAGAGCGAUUGGAUGCCGGAGAGAUGUGGACAUCCAAGUUGGAUCGAGAAGGCCACACCCUCCUGGAGUAUGAAUACAGAUUGAUCUGCUCUGCCCAUUAUUUUGGGAAAGAUUGUGACACGCUCUGUCGUCCUCGGAAUGACCAGUUCGGUCACUACACCUGCAACGCCGAGGGGCAGAAGACUUGCUUGCCCGGAUGGCAAAAGGAUGCCACCAAGCCCGAGGGCGAGGGAGACUACUGUACCAAAGCUGUUUGUGCCAAGGGUUGCCAUCCAGAGCACGGAAAAUGUGACGUUCCCGGGAAAUGCCAAUGCAAAAGCGGCUAUGAGGGGGAAAAUUGCGACAAAUGUGUCCUGUAUCCUGGAUGUGUUCACGGAUCUUGCCAACAGCCUCACCAGUGCCUCUGUAAUGAAGGCUGGGGCGGUUUGUUCUGCAAUCAAGAUCUGAACUACUGUACCAAUCAUAAACCAUGUCGGAAUGGAGCUACUUGUCGGAACACCGGACAGGGUUCCUACACUUGCUCAUGCCCCCCCGGUUACACUGGUACUAAUUGCGAGAGCCGCAUCAGUAAUGAGUGCGAUCAUCAGCCUUGCUUAAAUGGAGGAACUUGCCAGGGCUCGGGAGUGAAUAAUUACACCUGUGUCUGCCCCCUGGGGUUCCAUGGCCAUCACUGCGAGAUGAGGGCCCAAACCUGUGCCGACCAACCCUGUAAGAAUGGGGCCAGUUGCUACAACACACGCGAUGGUGGAUAUCAAUGCAAAUGUCUCCCCGAAUUCCAAGGCGUCAAUUGUGAUGUGAAGAUUGAUCAUUGUCGUGCAACGCCCUGCUUGAACGGAGGCACCUGUAGCCUCACCGGACCUGAUACCUACGAGUGCAAGUGCCCGACGGGUUUCUCCGGCAACAAUUGUCAGAUCAACGUCGACGAAUGUGCUGGAAGCCCGUGCCAGAAUGGAGGAACUUGCUUUGACUUUGUCAACGACUACAAGUGUUACUGCCAUGCCGGGUUUGUCGGCAAGAAUUGCGAAAAGAACGUGAACGACUGCAUCACCAAUCCGUGUGCCAAUGGUGGGACGUGCCACGAUUACAUCAAUGACUUUAAGUGUGCGUGUCCCCCCGGAUUCACGGGCAAGCAUUGCUCUCAAGAGAUCAACGAAUGUGCCUCCAGUCCUUGCAUGCACGGGUUCUGCGUGGACAAGCUCAACGACUUUGAGUGCAAAUGUCUUCCCGGUUAUUCUGGAAAGCAUUGCAAUGUGCUUCCGGAUGGAACUGUGCUUCCACUCGAAGGCCAGAGGGAGGACGGAGAGAUGGAUGGAGGCCAGGUGGCCCUCAUAGUCGCCUGUUCGUUCUUGGUUCCCCUCCUAGUCAUUAUUGCGGCUAUCUUGUUGUGGUGCAACAAGCAGAAACAGAGGCGUGAACAACGGAGAGCUGACGCCGAAGCUCGGAAAGAAAACGAGUUGAAUGCUGUGAACUGCAUGAGCAAGUCCAAGAUGUUGGACGAUCAUAUGAUUGUGAACCCUCUGGACUACCCCAAGCAAAAGAGUGUCAACACCAAUCCAAACAUUGCCGAUGAAGAGCUAUUCAGUGCCAAAGACAGUGCCUAUGCUCAAAAAGCGCGUUCAAACCUGUCGAGUCGAGCCUCAAUGAUGCUGUGUGACAAACUCGAGAACAGUUCUGUCGUCUCAUCCACGCCGUCUUUUGUGGACAAGCCCAGAUUAUCUAAUCUGCCCUCGUCGGCACUUCGAGCUUAUGAGAGCUCUUCGUCCUCCACCUUGAGCAGUGGGGCCUCUUCCGUUUGUUCUAGUGAGUCUUCAACCCACCAUUCCAAAGAGUACGGACUGCCAACCGCUUCCUCGAUCUCUCAAGCAGCCUCUGGAGCAACUGUUGGCCCCUCUUCGUCACCGUAUCGCACUUCUUCCAGUAGGGAUCGCAGGCCUUCACCCUCACCCAGAAAGACGUAUAAAGACGAUUUGUUCGCAACUGAAGUGUGAUGAAACAAAAUGAUGUUCGACAAGAAUGUCAUCAUCGUUUGAAGGCUCGUGGAUGAAGCAAUGAAGAAGUGCAUAAACAAGUGUGAAGAAGAUUCCCUCUGAAAACCAAAGAAAAGUUAUGACUCGAUUAUUAGAGAUCUCGUUUCGGAACAACAUGUUUGGGGUUGUUCCCGCCUAGUGUCAGAAAACAAAGAAUACCGAUUAAAAAACAUUCAUUACCUCAUUUUUUUCUCCCAUGUCUAUUUUGAGCCAAUUUCGAGCUUUUGCCCACCCCUCACGAUCAGUAAUCCUCCCUCUGUUAUUAUAUUUUAAAUGAGUCAUCGUCUUAGAAAAAGAGCUAUUUCGUGCAACUGCGUCGUUUGUGUCGUGUUUAAACAUGUAUCGAUUAAAGAAAGGAUCAUCAGAUCUGACCUUAUUUGUCAAGCAGAAAAUACAUCAAUAGCAAUAAAACAUGCUUGAAAUAUGAACCUUA